AUGUCCUCUUCAGCAGUCCCAGGUGGUGCCAGAACUUUGGCCAAGCGUCGUAAUGCCAAAGAUAAGGCCAGUUCUACCCCAAACUCUGCUCGUUCCGCAGGCGCUAACGGUUCUUCUGCUGCCAUGUUGAAGCUUUUCACCGAUGAAGCUGAUGGGCUUAAUGUUGACCCAUUGGUGGUGUUGUUCUUGUCUGUUGGUUUCAUCUUCUCCGUUAUUGCUUUGCAUGUCAUCGCUAAGAUCACCGGAAAGUUGACCGCUUAA